AUGCGUGUCUCUAGAUGUUGGUUGUUUCGAAAGACAAAUCUUUUACGAGUUGUACAACAGGCUGUGCUUCCUAGUAACGAUUCGGCAUCCGUUCAGGGAUUUUAUUCCUCCUUUCAGUAUGAUGAGUUUGAAAAAAUUGAGGUUCCAGAUUUACAGACUCCUCUUCUACCAUUUCAAAAGGAAGGAGUUUACUGGAUGAUGUUACGUGAACGUGAUCAUGUAGGUGGCAUCAUGGCUGAUCAUUUAGGAAUGGGGAAAACAGUUCAAAUGAUUGGUUUAUGUCUUUCAUCAGAACAAUAUAACAAAGAUGCUCGUGAAUUACAUCGUAAAAGUAUGGAAUCUAAGGCUCUCUGUUAUCGUUUGCUAACUGUAAUUCGACAAUUGCAACGAAUUAGUGUUGUAGCAAAUUGUUCAAAAAUUAAUAGACCCGCGAUGGAUCUCCGUGUUCUUAUGAAUAAAGUAGAAAAAAUGUCUACUGAACCUGAUAGUUCCUUAUAUGAAACACGAGAAGAAGUUAAUAAGUGGUUAAAAUUUACUAGUAAAUUUCAUCCUUCAUAUGAAAAACGUGCAAUGGACUUUUUGGAUGAUGAAGAAAAGCGUUCAUUUGAUUUAAUUGCGUCAAAAGAACUUCGAACUCUUGUAAUUGUUCCUGCAGCUCUUAUGCUUCAAUGGAAAAGUGAAAUAGAAUCUAAAGUUAGUUCUUCAAGAAAGCUAAGAGUUUAUUUAUAUCAUGGUCAAAAUAAACUAAUUAGUAGCACAGAAUUGGAAUUAUAUGAUUUUGUAAUUACUACUUAUGAUACUUUAACAAAUUCUGCAUUGGAUGCUUUGGUACCUAUGUUCGAUGACAAUAAUUUAACAUUUAAUCGAAAAGAUGCUGGACCUAUAUUUCAUGUUCGAUGGAAGCGUAUUAUACUAGAUGAAGCACAUAUGGUUCGUCACGCUAGGACACAAAGAUGGCGUGCAGUAAAAGAAUUACAAGGUAUACAUCGUUGGGCUGUUACGGCAACUCCUCUUCACAAUACAAUUGAAGAUAUUCAAAAUCUUCUUCAUUUCGUUGGUUUACCACGUCUUCCUGUGCUUCCGGGAUCUAAUCCAGAAGAAGUUUUAAAUGAUCCUGUUUUACAACGAGCAAUAGCACGUUCACUACAACCAGCCUUUUUACGACGUGGACCAGUUAUGAUUCGUAAUGGAAAAAAAGAAGUUUUAGUAUCAUUACCUCCUAAAUCUGAAACUGUUGUUAUGAAACGAUUUACUCCUGAAGAAUCGAAACAAUAUAAUAGUAUUCUUGCUCGAUCAAGGACAGCAUUAGCAACUUCAGAACAUAAGGAAGGUGCAUUUCAUAUUUUUGCUAUGAUGACUCGUUUAAGACAGGCUUGUUGUCACUUUUGGAUUAGUGAAGGACGUGCAUUAACUGUUUCAGUAUGUGGUAUUUGUAAAAGUGAAGCUGUGGCUGCUUUAGAGACUAAAUGUGGUCAUCAUUUCUGUCAUGAAUGUCUUCUCUCUCGUUUUCGUGAUGCUGUAGAUGGAGAUGAUAUGGCUGCAAGAUUACCUUGUCCAACAUGUGGAACUAGUAUUAAUAGUUCUUCAUUGUUUAAAAAUUAUUCUCUAUCCUCAUCUGAACGUAUUAUGAAAUUUAAAAAACGUGAAUUGGAGGUGAGCACAAAAUUACAAAUGAUUUUGGAUUGUAUAAAUACUAUGAGGACAGAAUAUCCAGAUGAUAAGAUGAUUAUUUUUUCACAUUUUACUUCCUUUAUGGAUGUUAUAUCUGUAGCACUUGAUAAGGUUGACAUACCUCAUUUGCGUCUGGAUGGUACAAUGAGUUUAAGUAAUCGUAACAUUGUUAUUCGUCGUUUUCAGACAAGUGAAGAUGUUCGUGUUGUUCUUGCAAGUAAGACUGCGACAGGUGUAGGUCUAAAUCUUACUGCUGCAAAUCAUGUCUUAGUAGUUGACCCAUGGUGGAACCCUGCUAUUGAAGAGCAGGCAGUUCAUCGUUGUUAUCGUAUUGGACAGAGAAAACAUGUUUAUGUAACUCGUAUAAUUAUUGAAGAUACUAUUGAGCAAUAUUGUUAUGAGAUUUGUCAGCGAAAGAAGGAAUUUGGUGAUGCUAUUCUACGAGCAGCAACGAAAGGAAACUCUGGUGCGGCGAUGGCCACUUCACGACUUCGAGAGUUACUUUCUCGAUUGAAUUAUGUUCCAGAGAAAGAAAAAAUUACUGAAAAUGAAAGGAAAGUUGACAGGACAACGUAG